UGUGCAGUGUGGCGGGAUCACAGUGAGUCGGCUGCAGUUCCACCACCAGAAGAGGAGGAAGCGGAGUUUCCGGCCGCUGGCAGCAGGGGGACAGAACUGCCAAACCCCCGAGAAAAAAAAUACGCCGGCUAAAGUGAAGGGUUUCCACCGGUAGUGUUGGGUUUUUUUCCCCCAGCAAAAUUGGGGGGUCUGGGGUCGUGUUUUUUUUUAAACAAGGGACUUGAACUACGAACUGUGCAAAGAAGUGGCACAAGGCGGUGGUGAGCCACGAUCCACCGGCAUGGCCAGGGACUACGAUUACCUCUUCAAGCUGCUCAUCAUCGGUGACAGCGGAGUGGGAAAGAGCAGUCUCCUGCUUCGUUUUGCAGACAACACAUUUUCAGGUAGCUAUAUCACCACAAUCGGAGUGGACUUCAAGAUCCGGACGGUGGAGAUAAAUGGGGAGAAGGUGAAGUUACAGAUCUGGGAUACAGCAGGACAGGAGCGAUUUCGCACCAUCACAUCCACGUACUACAGAGGAACGCACGGCGUCAUUGUGGUGUACGACGUCACUAGCGCAGAGUCCUUCGUCAACGUCAAGCGAUGGUUACAUGAAAUCAACCAGAACUGUGAUGACGUGUGCCGAAUAUUAGUGGGAAACAAAAACGAUGACCCCAACUCCAAGGUGGUGGAGACUACCGACGCUCAGAAGUUUGCCGAACAAAUGGGCAUCAACCUGUUUGAGACGAGCGCAAAAGAGAACAUCAACGUAGAAGAGAUGUUCAACUGCAUCACGGAGCUGGUGCUGCGCGCCAAGAAGGAGGUGUUGGCCAAGCAGCAGCAGCAGCAACAGAACGAUGUGGUCAAACUCACUCGGAACAGCAAACGGAAGAAAAAGUGCUGCUAGCGAACGUCGGCCCUCGACCGCGAGGAGGAGGGUGGCAGCCGAAUGGGACUCACAAAGUCGAAAUUCAAGAUUUCAUAAAUAUACGCUUAAGAUUCAAGACACACACAAAAAUAAAUAUGCAUCCCCUUUGGACUAAGUAAUCACAAAGAAAUAUAUGUACAGAUUUUAUUAUUAACGCCAGAUCAAAAGUCUUAUUUGGAAUCGAGCGGAAGGUCCUCCUUUUCUUAAAGGGUCUGCAACGUGACGACUGACUGCCCCAACGCUGCCGUAUAGAUCCACGUCAACCCGCCGUUGUCGUACAUGUACCCGUGUCUCAUCUUCCUCUUCCUCACACUGCACAGGACAUUGAGCGCCUGAGGAGAGGGGCCUUUCUUGACCUUAUUUUUUUUUUAAAUAUACCGGUAUAUUCUUUAGGACUGGGGGGGUUGGGUCGGUGAGGGGAACCCGCUUUAGCACAGUUCGCCCGCCAAAAGAUCAAAAAUGAAAUCUGAGUAUGUCUGCUUUGUCGCGAUGACCGUAAAAUCAAAUGAUGAUCGCUUGUCUAAUCCAUUAGACGGAGCUGCUUUUUUUUUCCGCUUUUGCCAAGCAUCCUUCUCACAUCUUUAGUGCUGAGCCAACAACUUGUUUAAUUUGACUUCGAAAAAACAAAAGAGAUUUCGUUUUAAGUGCAGCAGCGGUCUCAAGCCAGUGCAGUCUGAAUACACUUUCAAGUUUCUCUUUGAAUCCCCCCCCCCCCCUUUUUUUUUUAAACCGCGAUAUAGCAAAGCGGCGGAGGUGUACCUCAUUGUUGCCAUAGUAACGGCUGGGAGAAAGCAAGCACGUUUGAUCAUUUAUUUAAUAUCCUACUAGUGCACUGAACAAUCCUUGUUCUAGUACGCUGUCCUCUGUCGGAAGACAAUUUAGCGCUUUUUGUCUUGGCUUCCGCUCGUCCGCGCCUCCUGUUGGUCCUUUGGGGGCUAACGGUGAUGUGCGUCCGGGAGUCUCGGUCCCACCCUGCUUGCUGGCUGUCUCACCGUCGGGACCUGGGGGGGGUAAGCCAGUGCUACUUGUGCUUAAUCUCAGUUUUUGGGAGACGGACACUUCACAUCCAUCGAAUAAAAAUGCUCUCAAGCCCCCCACACUUCAUUAAGUGUAUGUAUAUGUAAAUAUUUGUGUUUAUAUUCAGCACAUCACGGGCACGCGCUUAAACAUGACCCGUGCGUGUUCUCUUUGAACACACUCAUCAGCUGUGGUUUGCCGUACACUGGAGAAAAAGAUGUACUAUUCAGUUUGCCCUCGAUGAAUUUAAUCCCUAAUAACCAUUUGAAAAGGAAUAAAUAUUGGACAUGCAACAACUGAGCUCAUUUGUCAGUGACUUGUGGCCUGACUUCAUUUUCAACAUGCGUCUAUUUUUGGAUUCUGUGAAUAAAGUGUUGGAGGAAGUGGA